CCGAAUCAAGACGUGGUGCGUGUCGCGUCGUCCUAUAUACACCAUGUCGCGCAUAUAGACGCGAAAUUUUUCUCGAGAAAAUUAAUAUUUCGUAUCGCGAAUCGAACCUCUCGUGAAAAUGAAGAGAAAUCGCGUGGCAAUCGCCAUCGGAACGUACCCCCGCGUUUACUCGUCCUGUGAACAAUGUGAAUCGUGCGUAGUAAAGUUUUGAUCGGACGAAAAACGAAAUAUUGCUGCGAAACGAUCGUAAACAGGCAUUUGCGAUGAUGUUAAGAUCAUUCUUCAAGGAACGUUACAUUAUACUCCGGUUAUUUUAGGCCCUAAACGGGGCCAGUUCGCGAGAAGAAUCUUUCCGCCGUUUUCAUGACGCUUUUGACCGAGAUACACGGAGGUAUCAAGUGCAUCGAACUUUCGGUCGGUUAACACCGAAAACGGCGAUAAAGCCGCAAAAUCGAGACGAUACGUUGUGAAGCAUGGUUAACGACAUUCUUCGUUCCCGUGGAUAGAGUGAUAAAUGGCGUUCUCGUUUAAUAGGAACGCGAGAACUCUUCGAAGGAAUUACGUCCGCGAGCGCAUCACGGCCUAGCGUCCUCAUCAUGGAAUAAACAUUGAAUUUUCGACUUUUAUCGUAACUCACGGCAAUCGCCGGAAUCUUCCUUCAUUGACACGUUUUCGGGGCAAAGAACUAUUUCAAGAAUCGAUACCCCCGAUUGGAAGUUGCCUGGUGUCCAGUUGCCAGGUGUAGAUCGAAGCAGAAACAGAUCGAAGCGUGCAACGUAUAUUCGAGAAUCGUUGAAAUAAUUCGACCGCCGCCGCGUCUCGACAAGAAUCGGCUGGAAAGUUUUCCGCGAUCCGAUCACGGGAAAACGAUACGUUUCCGACGCGCGUUUUCUUUUUUUUCUAUCGUGACGAGUGAAAGGUGGUAGUGUUGAAACUUUUUAGCAUCGACCGCCGGCCAGGCGAGUGUGUGUGUAUUUAUUUUCGGCUUAUUUCCGCGCAAUCAUCGGAAACGUCCUAUGGGAAACGUGAACGAAAACACUGGGCGUCGGGAGAAUUGGUCGAGCAAACGAGCCGUGGUGUCGGAACGAAUGAAAUUGAACUAAUCUCGCGUGACCCUCGGGUCACCGAAUCUCGUGGCGUUUAUUGGACGUCAAGAGCAUAUACACCGUUUUCGUGGAAUGUCGACACGACCGCGAUAGGAAUUUGCCGCGUGGUGCUAGCAUGACAGUGGAUGGACGAUGUGCUGUCAUCCAAUGAAGAGGAUGUGAAUCGCUUUAAUAUCAAAGUGAACGCGCCAUCAAAUAGUCGCGGACAUGGCUUUGAGGUGGCAGGCGAGGCUGUCCAUUGCUGCCAUACUCUUUAUGUGUACAGAAGAUACGCUCAGUUUAGGAGAUCGUACGAUAGACAACAUGGAUCGUCACGCGGGUCAAAAUAGACCGCGAAACCAGUUGCUGGCAGAUCCUUCCGGGCUGAAACCAAAGGUGGAACCUACGUUCGACUACUCGCAGAACACCAACGUGACAGCGCUAAUAGGAAAGACCGCUUAUCUCACGUGUAGAGUUCGCAACCUGGGCGACAAAACCGUAUCCUGGGUGAGGCACAGAGAUAUUCACAUUUUAACGGCAGGGGCGUAUACCUACACGAGCGAUCAGCGAUUCCAAGCGCUUCACAGACAAAAUACAGGCCAAAAUAGCGAAUGGUCUGAAUGGACUCUUUGCAUAAAGUGGGCGCAAGAGAGAGACCAAGGGCUCUACGAAUGUCAGAUCUCCACUAUUCCCGUCAAGUCGCACCAAUUUCGCUUAAACGUUGUCGUACCGACAGCGACGAUACUCGGAGGUCCAGAUCUGUACGUUGGCGCAGGCAGCACGAUAAACUUGACGUGUGCCAUACACUUCAGCUCGGAGCCACCAGCCUUCAUCUUUUGGUACUACAAUGAGAACGUUUUGAGCUAUGACAGUCCCAGGGGCGGCGUCUCGGUGAUAACCGAAAAGGGUAGCGACGUCACCACCUCUUGGCUCCUUAUCCAGACGGCGCAACCCUCGGACUCUGGGGAGUACAGCUGCAAACCCAGCAACGCCAAUACGGCGUCCAUCAAAGUUCAUGUCCUAAAUGGCGAGCGACCAGAAGCGAUGCAGACCGGAACGGCGGGACCUAUUUUAUCCUCCAGCUGUCUUUUGGUGUCUCUGAUCAUUUUGUACAUAUCGUCGAUGUAAAUGAACGUCGAAUGAAACUAAUCACCGUUACUGCUACCACUCGUACGAUUAAGCGGGCAAGACACUGUAACGACCUACGAAAGUACAUAUUAGGGGGAAAAUUUGGGAAUUUUUACGAACCAAAUGACGGGAGUAAAUCAAUUUAUAGUUUAUCGCGGUUACUAUGUAUACGUUUAAACAAAUUUUUUGCGUAUUCCAUUUCAAGGUAUUCGCUGCGACAUCGAUGCAUCCACCUUGGCGACGAUUACACGUCAUGCGGUUGAUAAGAUGCGGAGAAAACAAAAAUAUUUAGAAAGUAUAAGCCUUCGUUUAUAGCUCCAUGUAGGCGAAAAAUAGCAAAAUAGCAGCAUGGUGAAAAAAAUGUUGAACUUGUACGAAGAAAUUGAACGACUUUGCUGAUGAGAAACGGGAAAGGAACUAUAAUCAAAAGAAGCCGUACGUGGGGCCGUAGACAAUAGGGUUUUCCUACGAUAAUUUUCGUACGUAUAGUUCCAUAAUUUUCCACGUAUAGCUUUUCUUAUAGUCGAAGCAUAGAAAAUCGAUAUUUUUACAGCGUCCCCUUACAGUGUCUUCUGCCCUUUAAACAGAGCUCGAGCUUGUCAGGCCACAGUCACGUUGAGAUCGCUCUACUGUUUGCAAAAAUCAACGGGACUGGCAACGAAUCGAUCUACGAAUUUCGCGUGUCUAUCUAAUAGCAUCGUGCUCGAGAUAUAGAAUAUCACGAACGCAAUGUAACUAUUCGCACUGGCGAGUCGUUACUCCGACAUAGUUUACAACUUUCACGUUCGAUCGUAUGUUUGUACCUGUCAGUGAGUCGCAUUCGCGCUAAUUUUGGUCAUCCAGUUCUGGUCAACCACAGCUACAAAGGUUUCCCGUCGUCUCGUUGUAAAUGCAAGAAUAAAUUUCGCGGAACGAGCACAGAUCUUCCCGAACGGCGUCGCGGUCCUCACAAUCGUUCGUAUUUCAUCUCGUUGGUUACCACUGAUAGCGUGCGAUCCGUAUACGAUCGCAACGAGGCAACGACGAAACAAGAAACGCGGAGAAAACGCCGCGUCACACGUUCCCCGAUAAUCGGCGUAUCGAGAUUUAAUGUGUUUGUAUGUCCCGAGAAUGCUGGAAUAUAUUGUGUGUUGGUCGAAAAGCGUGUAGUUAGAAGGACGUCGACGCUAAUACCGAAGGUAAAGAUGGUAUGCCAAGGAAAAGUUGGUUCCGUUGGAAAGGAAACAAAGGAGAUUCGAUAAGCCACAGUGAGAGAAAUCGAUUUACGAGAGGCGUAAAACCGAGAAACAACCAUCCCGCGGCAGGCUGCACGACCGGUCGAAUCUACGAAAUGCAGGAUGCGCGAGACAGCAUUCACGAGGAAAUAAAACGUGACUCGAUUGCAAGAUCUCGUGCUUCCCCUUUUCGAGGAUCGAGGACGCACGGCUAUCCAGUUGACGAAAGUAAUACAGGAGAAAUGGAGCAGCGGUCUCGAAAACCGUUGAUUAAUCGAUGAGACGGAUUCGCCUUUUCGUCGCGUCACAUAGAACCACAAGUGAGACAGAUAACACGCGUUAUACGUCGAACCGUCUGGUGAUUUUUAACGAGCUGCCGCGUACCGAGCAAGUAUAAACGUUAAAAUUCGAGGAGAAAAUAUCGUCGUCCCGCGUGACAGCUACACGCGUGAUACGAAUGUUAAUAUAUCUCGGGGCGAGCGCAUUACGGCUACCGCGGCUGAACGUGAAUCAUUGUGGCGUGUCGGACGAAAAACGCUCGCAAAUCCCUUCCAGCCGAUUAACAGUCAGAAACGCAAACAUUUCUCGAUUGAAAACAAUUACGGGGAAUUAUUGUUAUCGAUCCAGUCGAAAUAAUCGUUGCGCUUUGAGCUAGCGGAAUUCACGACGACCAGUCGCGUUCUAAUUUCCAAACGUUUACGAUGUUCGUUUAUAAAGCUUAUCGAUUCGUGUCAACCGGGGAAUAUUCGAUGAAUUAACCGGAUGAUUUUUAGCUCGCCCUUGUACAAACGGAUUCCAGCUUUUAAACGAUUUUGUUCGUGCCUCUGUGAUUAUCCGUUGACCAAUUUUACUUCGAACGCAAACUUGUUCAAAAUUAUACGAAACAUUUUACUCCGACAAUAGACUCGUAAACGAAGGAACCUCGAAGCGUACAAAUUUUGUAAGCAAAAGUCAAGUAAACAAGAUGCGUUCCGUUCCGAGGAAUUAUUCGCGUUAUUCGCAUCGAAAGCGUUCGACAACGAUAGUUUCGGAAGCGAUCGUAGCGAAACCAGGAGUCGGACGCAAGAAAUUCUGCGACGUUUGAUCGAUCUGUCUUUACGGUCGUUACACGUCGUAACGACGUCGUCUGGACAAACGCGAGCGGAAAGCGAAAGACAGCGGUACUCCGGGUGCGACUACACGGGACAUAGCUCUGGACGUUCGAAUUGAAAGCUAACACAGCUGGCAAACUACGACGCGACGGACGAUGUCGCUCGCUAGAUCUGUCUGUUUGCCGUUGGUUGAACGGGUAUUAGCGUCGACGACCAAACACGAGAACCUGUACAUAGCGUCUGUAUUAUAAAUUGUGGCCGGGUGAUGAUAGUUACACGCCGACGACGCAAGCGUAAAUGCGUGCACACGCGUUGCGUGCCACGCGGUAUUCUGCCUCGUCACGGCGCUCCGACUCUCUCUCUCUCUCGUCCGAACACCGGUGUGCUGGAUCUAGUAAUCGCGUUUACCGCGUGAAAAUCGAGUUUCGCGGCCGAAGUGGUUCCGUGUGAACGACCCACAAACUGUACGUGCGAACCUGCGUCAGGUUUCGUCGGUGUGGCUUAAUUAUCGGACGCCAGAUCAUCGCUAAUAUUCGGAUUUUACUCGCGAAUGGUCGAGAAUGGCGCACGAAAAAGCGAACUGUCGAAAGCAAUAAGUCAAAUUUUUGAAAGUAAGCGGUGAUCUUGCUUCGUUUUCCACGCAAUCGAAGAGUUUCCGUUAGACUAUUCCGUCGUUCAUCCUGAUCGAUGAUCUGCAAACUCUGUAUGUAUGUAUCUCGAACUUUUAGACGACUUUCCCCCUAAGCCGUACGAAUCUUUUUACUACUGUGUACAUUUUUCCUUCCUUUCAAAGGCUUCCCGUCGACUCUGCGUACGUGACACCGUAAAAUGGUUCUGUCGUCUACGCGCGUAAUUAUAAGCAGCCGCAUUGGGAUCGACGGAUCAUCGUUCUGGAUCUACUUCGUUCGCGACAUAAAACGACGAGACAAUUUUCACUUUCUAUUUGUGUGUGUUUCCAUGUGAUAUCCUCGCAGAUACCCGAUGAAAGUAUCGCGCGGAUCGUUCCUCGCGUCCAACACAAAUCGAAUCUCCCUCGCAUUUUUCUGUUCCUACCACGGUGGCGAUUCUUUCCUCCAACUUGGAUUAGAUGCGCGCGAAUGGUCGAAAAAGUCGAAAGGGGUCGAAGCGAAGAGAGGGAACGAGGGACGGCUAGAGCUGAAACCCUAGCGGAGCCAGUCAACGAUCCGGAAGUUUUUCGAGGGUGAAAUAGAAGUUCCAGUUGAUACACGUGCGGCCGACGAAACGGAAUGUGGCCUCGUUCGCGUACACUCGAGAGAAUAAUUGCGUGGACCUUAGGGGGAGCAAAAGUUUCGGGAUUUUUCUUCGCUUUCAGCGGAAACUACGUGAAACGGAUAGGUCGUGGUCCAUUAAGCAGCAUCGUAGACUCGAUCUCACCUCGCGAAUUGCUUUUACCUCUUGCGCGUUCGCGAGCAACACAACGAUACGUUAUUUUAUUUUCGUUCUCUUCCUUUCUUUAUUCGUCCUAUUGAUAAUAGCGUUUCGAAGUUAACUCGCGAAAUUCUAUUACGCGCUGGCCGAUGUACUCGACCGGUUGUUACUAAAACGAGAAACACGUUGAGACGUUGCGGAUAAUCUCGUUCGGUAAUUUCGUUCGCUUAUGUCGCGUUGUCACUGCUACGAUAAAUCGUUUUAGAAUUUUGGAAAGGAGCGAAUCUUAUUUCAUUCCGAAUCGUUGCAGGCUGUAGUAAUUGAUAGUCAUAUAAAAAGAUAAAAAUUCUCGGGGGACGACUUAGAGUCAGCGUUUUAAAGGAAAUCGAUGAACGAAGGCACUUCGAGGUCGGUCCGCGCAUCGUGUUCCGCGAGUUUCUCGAAGUCGAAAUGUCGCGCUUUGCGUAGCAUAUGAAACGUGAAACGAGGUAAACGCUGCAUUCCGCCGGGACAAAAGGGAAACGAAAAGAAAGAGAAACGCGUCGAAACAAACUCCGCAUUCUGUUCGUUCCGACUGGACAGGCUCGUUGCGAAUUGAAUUGCGCCUGCGAAUAGAAUUCGAUUUGGGGGGUUGUCGCACUCCGCUGGUCGGCUUCGAUUUUGCUCCCCUGACUGUGUACAAAUUGCUUUACCCUUGUGUCGGCCACUUUGUUUCGGUAUUCGCGGUCUUCUCAUCGCUCCUCAGAGAAAAAAUGAUAUCGCGAUGCUAACAUAAACCGUGGGAAAAGGGAAAAAUACGGAAGGACGGUGGCAGCGAUCGCGGCUCUGCGAGAACGUCGCGCUUAAUUCUUCCCCGAUUCUCUUUCGACGCGAUUCGACUCGUUUCGCGAUGCACGCGUUACCGCGACGAACGACGCCAUGUACUUUCCGUGUCUUCGACACGACAGACUAGCCGAUUAGACGAGAAAUUCACAAGCGGACAAUUCGCUACAUACAGCGAAACGGCCAUUCGGCGGUGCAAGCGAUUACCAAAAAUAAAGAAGAAAAAAUGAAGAAACGAAAACGGCGCGUCGUAGACACACUUGGCAGCCUGUAGCUUUUAAUCGACGAUACUAAACGAGAGCGUAUGACGCAAAUGCGAACGAAUUAAACAGAGGGAGAAGAUAAACCCUGGAAGAAUCUGUAAUCGCAGUGAUAUCGUUAGAUUAGAUAGGUAUAUUAUUGUACAUACUAUAAUAUUACGAUGUUUAAUAAAUAAAAACGUUGAAAGGAAGGGGA